AUGGAUGAACAUGACUCAAGUAGAGACUUCUGGACCCGAAUGGCGCUCGACCGAACUUCCGGGGCUCCUAGGCCAGCCGUGGGAUCGGUCGAAGCCAGCGCUAGGAUAGAUGUCCUGGAUGACGAGAUCGCAGCCAUCGCGUACGCGUUGGCCGCCGUCAAAACGCGUCGGAACGCCCUCGUUCGCGCAGCUGUUCUUCCCCCGGAAGUCCUCGCCCGGAUCUUCGAGAUUGUGCGGGAUAUCGAACCUAUCGGUCGCAAGAGCGAAGGUUACAAGUCCUUGGGGUGGUAUCGUAUAACUCGGAUAUGCGGCCAUUGGCGGCGCGCAGCAGUGCAACAUGCGACUCUGUGGGGGAAGCUCACACUGGAGGUGCAACAGAGUGGUCUCUGGGAGGCCUUUCGUACUAGGGCAGGAAACGCGCCCGUCGACAUUUACUUGAGCCUAGGGCAUUAUGAGCAGAUUCAAGAGUCGCUCACGCUCGAAGCCAUAAGUCGAACUAUGACGGCCUUUGGCGAAGUUAUCUCGCACAGCACGUCUCUCGUCCGAAGCCUCACAAUAGAAGCAGACACGACACCGUUCGAAUCCCGCUCCGAAGAAGGACGACUCGAGAUGCAUCCCUCUGCUCUUGAAGCACUUCUUCCCCUUCUUCUUCAUAAGCCAGCAGACCGACUUAAACGUCUUGUCCUCCUCGCCCUCCCAUCAUUUGACGGGAACAUCGAUGCGCAGAUGAACACUCUGUCUGCGCAUGUUUCCAGCUUUCUCAAGCAAUAUGCGCCGAGCCUGGAAAACGUUAUGCUUCAAGGCUUCCCCUUCCCUUGGGAUGCAUACAGCAAGUCGCACAUCCGUCGCCUGAAGCUCGCACAGAAUAUAGGCGGAGGCGCCAACGGGCGAUAUCUGAAAUAUAACUUCCCCUCUAUCUUAGAAUACCUGCGAGAGUCCCCGCAGUUGGAAGAGCUCGACCUUGAAGUAUCUCUUCCUUUUCCGCAUGCCACCGCCAACGAGGAGCCGACCAUCGCUCUGCCGCGUAUGAAAUAUCUGCGCUUAGUUGGUGCCUCAGACACGCAUUUCGCGCUGUGGAGACUUCUCCGUGUUCAUACGGAUGCCCGUUCUAUCGUCGUCCUCCACGAGGUUGACAAUAUGUUUGACUUUCCCUCAAUCAGUCAUUGUCUCACAGAGCACAUCCAUCGCAACGAGUUUGAUUACGAUACUCUACAACUCUCGGCACUCAGCUUGAGAGGAGGAUACGAGGGCACACCCUCCCUAAUCAUUGAUCUGUUCGACAAGAGCAGAAAGCUCUAUCGCCCCCGCGUUAUCUACAGCCAGGACCGCUUUGUUGGUCUCGAAGGCUCUCACCACCCCGGGUUUCAUAUCGCGUUAAUCGGCGUUAGCGACCAUAACGCCUUCGAUGCUGGAGCGUCGGAUGUAGAGUCUGAUCUGACGGACACGAACCUCGACCCAGCACCCUUUCACCCUCGGAGGCCGCGAACGAUAUUUCGCUGUGGCCCUUCCAUCGUCAAGGAAGUAUUAUCGAGUGUCGAGAUGUCGCACUUGCGGUCCCUCAAACUCUCCACACGUCUCGACAUGGGCUGCCCUUGGACUGCUCGUUUCCUUCGAUCCAUUUUGAAAAGGGCGACCGCGUUGGAACACAUUCGGCUAGAUGUCUCGAUGCGUGAUCUUAUCGUUUCUGCGGCCAAUGCUCUCAAACCGAAUGCGGAUGCCUCUCGGCCCCCUCCCGCACCCGCGCUAAGAACACUAUAUGUCGAAAACGCUGUCUUCGACUGGAACGGCGGCGAACCGCAGCCUGUCAUCUUUAACGAAAUGCUCGAGCAGCGCUCGCAGAGGCAUCUCGGCCCUCGGAAGCUGAAGCUCAGGCGCUGCAAAAUGGGCAACGAGCCGUGGGCCACGCAAUGGAGGGCAUUGGUCGAAAAGGUCAUCUGGGACGGGUAUGGGACGGACGUCGUCGGGCAAGUCGGGGAUGUUGAGACGAGUGACUGGGCUGCGAGCGAUGAAGAGAACGUAUCUCCGAUGCUACCUGAGGAAGAUGUGGAAGAUGACUGGUGGUCCCUGUAA